AUGGUUCACAGAAGAAUCCCCAAAAAGAAUCGAAAAAAGCUGAAAUCAGUUGAUCCAUUCAACACCAAAGCAAACGCCAAACAUAAUUUGCCUGGAAAAAAGUAGGAUUUUUUUUGUUAAAUCCAAUUUCUAAACCAAAGUUUUUCGUUUCAAGGAAUCAAAACAGUGCACCGGAAAAUUUGAAAGAUGAGCAACCUUUGACAAAAGUUCAGAAAGAAAUGAUGGAGCCGAAGAAAAUGUUGGAUAAAGCUGAAGUGAAAAAGAAGAAGAAGCAGAAAAAUGCGGUUUUGAGUGAGUAAUUUUCUCCCAGUAGAUAAAAAAUAAGUAUUUUUUCAGGAGAAGCUGAAAAUCUUGGCUUGAAAAAGGGGAGAUUCGAAACAGUUGAGCGAUUUGUGAGAAGAGUUGAGGGAAUUAUGCACUCAAGAAUUAAUGAAAAAAUGGCAAUUGCGAAGCAUGGUUUAGCUGGAAGAGAUCAGAAUGAAAUUGAUGCGGAUUAUAAGAAAAUCGAGGAUGCUGAAAAACGACGAAAAGAUCAGGAAAAACGAGAAAUUGAUAAUAAAAUCAAGGAGGCUAGGAAGAAACGAGAAAAGGAGGAGAAACGAAGAGAAGAGGUUGAAAAAAUCAAAGAGGAGAGGAAAAGGAAAAUGCAAGAAAUAGAAGAGGAGGAAAAUGAAGAUGAAGAUGAAGAAGAGGAUGAUGAAAAACCAAAGAAAAAAGUGAAAAAAGUUGAGAAAAGUAAGAAAGAACGACGGAAAGAAACAUUGAAAUCGAGAAAAGACGCCGAAACAAAAACCCGGGCAAAUGAAGCGAUUCUUAAUUCGAAAGAGGUUAUCGCAUUUGGAGAGAGAUAUGAUGCUCCGCCUGUUUUUGGGGGGCAUCUCAAGAAGAAAUUCGAGCCAUUGUUAGCGAAAGCUGGUCAGAAAACUCUUCUUCUUCAUUCGAUUUUAGCGAAAGGAAAUGAGAAGACGAAAUAUUUGGAUAAUUCAACGUCGACGAUUCAAGAAGAGCGGCAAAGAGUUAUUGAUGCUUAUCGGAGUAUCAAGAAAACUCGAAGUGGACAUUUAUAA